UCGUGUCAGUUCUGAAAGUGUAGCAGUGGCGAGCAGUUGGCCAAUCGGGUGUUCUAUUCUAUUCCGGUGUAUUCUAGUCGUGCGAACUGUAUUACAAAGUUGUUGGUCUCAAUAGCCAAGCAGACAAUCUCCAACAUCAUCAUCAUAAUAAUCAUCUUUGGCCAACAAACGAAAUAAAAAACAACAACAAAUAAGAAAAGUGGAAAAAAAAACAAAAGAAAAACCACGAGCUGAAAAGUGAAAACUCUGAUUUCAGUUGGAAAGUUAUUUUUAAAUAAUAUAUUUUUGGAAUUUUAAUUUCUUUCUUGGCUGUCGCGGUGCCGCUUGCAAUCAUGUUGAAGUGUGAGCAAAAGUGUUGAUGAUUUCAAAAGUGUUUUUUUUUGUUUUAUGUUUUUACAUUUUAACACUACAUACUAGUGUCUGAAUUGAGCAAAAUUGUGAAAUUUUUGGAAAACAAAAUUUUUGUGUUGAGAAAUACAUACAUAUUUAACAUUGAAAGGUCGAAAAUAAAAGCGCGCAAAAGUGUGCUUGGUGAAUAUGUGGAAAACAUCUAAGGAUAUUGCACAAUUCUUGUGCCUGGCGCUGCUGCUGUGCGUGGCCGUCACAACAAUCAGCGCGCAACAUCAACACUACGUGGACACUUUGGGUGCUGAUAUAUUCUAUGAGCAUCUCGAGGGAUCAUCGGAGCCAGUUCACUACUUGUAUGAUGGUGAUAGCGAAUACUUGGACUUGGAUUUAGAUAGGCCGAUGCAUUUCUACAGUGAAAAAUAUGAUAAACUAUUUAUAAACACUAAUGGCAUAUUAACAUUCAACAUCGAAUUUCCCGAAUAUAUCAAUCAACCAUUCCCAUUGGAGUAUCCGUCGAUAGCGCCAUUCUACGCAAAUGUUGACACAACGCUGGCCUAUAAUAUUACUUCGAUAUCAGUAUUUAAAUCGACUGAAGAACAACAGCUGCGAAGGGCAACCGAUUUAGUGAAAUAUGCAUUUCCAGAAAGAUCUGACUUCGCGGCGGAUAAACUGAUUGUGGCCACUUGGAAGAAUGUUGGUCACUUCAGUGCCAAGAAUGAUAAGCUCAAUACCUUCCAGGCAGUUUUGAUCGUCAGUGAGGAAGACACAUUUGUACAAUUCAUUUACGAGCGUAACGGUAUUAAUUGGCUGCAAGGUGAGACAGGCUCGUUGGGCUUGCCCGAUAUACGCGCACAGGCCGGCUUUGUCGCCGAAGAUGGACGUUUCUAUUACAUCGACGGCUCCGGCACGGAUGGUGCACGUUUCGUUUUUACCGAAAACUCGAACAUCGGCGUACCGGGUGUUUGGCUCUUCCAUGUUGGCGCUUUGAAUGAAACAUCUAAUGUACAAGUGCCCGUUGAUGAGGAAGGUCUCAAUGCAGCACCACAAGCGGCCACCUGUGCUGAAAGUGGUCACAAAAUCUGCAGCUUCAAUUCCGACUGUUAUGAUAAAGCCAAUGGCUUUUGCUGUGUCUGCCGUGACGGCUACUAUGGCAAUGGCAAGGCUUGUCUCAAAAACGAUUAUCCCAUACGCGUCACUGGCACAUUGGCUGGCGAAAUAAAUGGCCAGUUGAUCGACGAACGCGCCAAGUUGCAGUCGUACGUUGUUACUGCCGAUGCGCGCAGUUACACCGCCAUCAAUCCGGUAAGUGCGGAGUUGGGCGCACAACUUCGCCUAGCCGUACCAGUUUUCAGCGCCAUUGGCUGGCUCUUCGCCAAGUCACUAAAGGGCGCCGCGAAUGGCUACCAUUUAACCGGUGGACACUUAGUGCAUGUGUCGAAGGUACGCUUCGAUACUGGUGAGACAUUGAUUGUAAAUCAGACAUUCGAGGGACUCAACUAUUGGGAUCAGCUGUCUGUGAAGCUCGAGCUCUUCGGCGAUGUGCCGCGCAUAAGUGGCAAUGCGAAGUUGCAUUUGGCCGACUAUGUGGAUGAGUACAAGUAUGUGUCGGCUAAUGAGUUGCAUUCCGUGCAUGCGCAUAUGAUUGAGAUACCCGAAGAGAAUCGUGUAAUAAACUUGCAACUCGAUCAGUCGAUUUACUUUGAACGCUGUGUGCUCGAUCAUGAAGAGUCACCGACGGGCACGAGUGUAUUGCAAAAGGCAUCAAAGAUUGUGUUGGAUUACUUUGAGCGGGAUCAGGCUUUGCGUACCAGUGUGUUGACCAAGAUUGGCGUUGAUGCCGAAUCGAAUGCCUGUACUGAUGGUAGCGCGAGCUGUGGCGAAAAUACAGUGUGUGUGCCGUAUGAAGACACCUAUCGCUGUGAUUGUCGGCACGGUUAUGGACCGCAGUUGCAGGAAGAUGGCUUGGAGGUGUGUUUGGAUAUUGACGAGUGUCUGUUGCAAACGCAUGUCUGCGACGAAAAUGCGCUGUGUACCAACAACGAGGGUGGUUUCACUUGUGUAUGCUUUGAGGGAUUCGAGGGCAAUGGCUAUCGCUGUCUGCGAAAUGAUACCACAGUUGGGGAGCAGGAGGCAUAUACGCCGGAUUAUAUCAUUAGCAGUAACUAUCAGGAUGAGUGUCAGCGUUGUUCACACGAUGCCGAUUGUGUUGAGAGCCAUUGUCAGUGUCGUAGCGGUUUCGAGGGUGAUGGCUAUGUUUGCCAUCAAAUUUGUGGUCAUGAUCAAGUUUUGGAAAACGGGCGCUGUGUGUCGGUUUUGUUGGAUGAACAUCAAAUUGAACCUCAUUGCAACUUUUUGGGUGACUGCACCUGUCCGGACGGUUAUGAGUUGAUCGAGGAAUCCCAAAUGUGUCGUUAUAGUUCCGAGGAGUUGGUACCGUGUGAUGUGGAUACCAACUGUCACCUAAAUGCUACCUGUGAGUGGUACGAAAGUGAAAUGCGUCAUGCCUGCACCUGUAAUCACGGUUUCCAAGGAGAUGGUUACAAUUGCGAACUCAUUGAUACUUCGUGUACAUAUAAUGGCGAUAUAUGUGAUGCACAUGCCUAUUGUGAUUAUAACGCGUCGCGUUGCAUUUGCGAAGAAGGCUACGAAGGUGAUGGCUACCACUGCCAAUUGGCGCCCGAUUGUCGCAGCAAUGCCACCUGUGGACAGAAUGCCUUCUGCGAUGCGGGCAUCUGCCAGUGCUUGGCCGGUUUCGAGCGAGACGUAUCCGAUAGCUGCGUGCAAGCUGGCCGCUGUGGUCCAGUUUUCUGUGGGGCAAAUGCGAUAUGCAAAUGGGAUUCUGUGCAGGGUGUGCAGUAUUGCGAUUGUAUUGAGGGCUAUGAGGGCGAUGCUUUGGAAGGCUGCCGCAGCAUACCGCCACCUUGCAAUGUGCGUAAUAAUUGUGGCGUACAUGCGACCUGUGAGCCUACCGACGAUCCGGCUAGAUACGAGUGUCAAUGCAACGCUGGUUUCCACGGCGAUGGCUAUGUCUGUGUGGAGGAUAAAAACUGUCUCAAUACACCACAAAUGUGCGAUAUGAACGCCAAAUGUUUGUCUACCAAUAAUGGAUUGGUCUGCGUCUGCAACCAGGGUUUCUAUGGAAAUGGUUCGCUUUGUUUGGAACGCCAGCAACAUGAAUCCGGUUUUCUGCUGGUGAGUCAAGGUGUCGUUAUUGUGCGCGUACCGUUAAAUGGCAAAAACGUGAAACCUAUUUCCGUUGCAUCGAUGGCCAUUGGACUUGAUAAGGAUUGCGUAGAGGGACGCAUUUACUGGGGUGAUAUUUCUUCAAAGAAAAUCGUUAGCGCUAAUUAUGAUGGAACGGACUCCAAGACAUUCCUUGCUGAUGAUAUCGAAUCGCCCGAAGGUAUUGCUAUCGAUUGCAUUUCGCGACGCAUCUACUGGACCGAUUCAGUGAAGGAUACCAUUGAGGUGGCUAAUUUGGAAGAUCCAACGUUACGUGCAGUUUUGAUAAAUAAAAAUUUGGUGAAUCCUCGUGGCAUAGCAGUGGAUCCGUACAGAGAAAAGCUUUAUUGGUCCGAUUGGGAUCGCGAAUCGCCUAAAAUCGAAAUGGCCGAUCUGGAUGGCACUGGACGCGAACUUUUACUAGGCAGUGGCGCCGUCACUUUACCCAAUUCGCUGGUCAUACUGGAGAGCAGCGGUGAGCUCUGCUAUGCCGAUGCGGGCACCAAGAAGGUGGAGUGUAUCGAUUCCUACUCCAAGCAGCUACGCACGAUUUCUAAUGACCUCACCUAUCCAUUCGGCUUGACAUUUACGCAUAAUCAAUUCUAUUGGACUGAUUGGACUACUAAAAAAUUGGAAAUCGUAGACGCUUUCGGUAAUCGUCAAAAGGGCAUACAGACGCCUUUCUUCGGCAGUCACAAAAUGUACGGUAUGACUGCCAUCGAGGACAGUUGCCCUCAAUUAACUAGCGCCUGUCAGAUCAACAAUGGUGGCUGUACUGAUGCACGAAUUUGUUUAGUGAACAGCAAAGCGCCAUCGGGCAAGAGCUGCAAGUGUACAACUCAAUCGAAGACGUGCAGUGUGCCGCAAUAUGGUGUGCCAUUUUAGAGCAGCGAUUAAUUCUCUUUUACAAAAAUAUUUAUAAAAAAUCCACACACUUAAUUUAUUCAAAUUUUUAUUGUUAAUACAAAUGCGGUUUUUAUCACACAGCAAGCAACGGAUAUUUUUUUUUUUAAGUAUAUUGCACAAACUUCAUAACUAAAAUAUAAAAAAAAAUUUAUAAAUGUAAGCUAAAACACCAAUAAUUUUUUAUUUGCAUUUUUAUAAAUAUGUGCGAGUGCAUAGAGUAGUCCAUAGAAAUGCGUUCGAAUGUACGGUACAUACACACAUACAUACAUAUUUGUCGAUAAAUCUAAGAAAUAAAGUGAGAUUCACGUCUCAAAUGUUUGAAAGAA